ACAAAAAAUUAAAUAAAAAAAGAGAGUGUAAUGUGAAAGAGAAGCAAAGCAAAACAAUACAUUUCAAUUAAAGAAUUUAGAAAUGAAAACAUAAAAUGAAAAAAUACAUACUCAUACAUACAAAGUAAAUAGUAUAAAAAUAAAUACACAAACACAUUUACAAAACAAUUUUUUUUUAAUGUAAAAAAGAAAAAUAACACGAUAAACAAUAGAAAAGAAGAAAACAAAAUACUAUUAAAGUCUCCAGUGAGUGUUGUGUUGAAUAAAAUAAACUUUCAAAAUAAUAAAAAAAUUAAUAAAAGACAGUGCAAAUAAAUUAUAAAAAUACUGUGUUAAAAUUAAACAAAAAAUUAAAAUGUUUUUAUAAUUUUGAGGCAAAAAAGUGCAAAAAAAUCUUGUUUAAACAGCAGCAGUAAAGUGUUUGGUUUUAAUAUUAAAAUUUGUGAGCGCAAAACACUGCUGCAAAAUGGAUAUUCAUUCAAAUUUGGAGUUUUUAUGCCGCGUUUGUGCGGCCAAUACUAAAGGCAAAAAUUCAGUGGCGGAAUGUGUUUACAUUUUAAAAACUGCCGGCUUAAGGGAUAAAUUGGAUAAAUUUCUUUAUUUAAAGAUUUCGGAAAAUGACUCACUUCCAAAGGUGCUCUGCAAGUCGUGUUUUCGUCAGGUGGAGGCUACGGCUUCAUUGUCAAAGAUCGCCAAACAUACUCAACAAGUAUUUCGGGAUUUUCUCUUAAGCAAUUUGCCCAAAGGCCCUUCCGAAAGUUCAAAUACUUCUGAAUUCACAUCUUCCGAUUUUAUGGGCAAACAAUAUGCCAAGGAAAAAUCUAAAAAAGACGAAACUGUGGUACCAGCGCCACAAAAUUCAUUAGCCUUCUUACCACCUCCAGCAGCACCAAUACUAGCCGCAACACAAGCUCCAGCUAUAUUGCAAAACUUAACAACGGUCUCCCGAAAAGAUGAGGUAGUGGUUAAUGUUUCGGUUGCCGAUCCAUUGACACGAGAUAAUCAACAAAAAAUGAUUUCUAAUUCACAAAGACGGCAAAGUCUACUACUGGAAUCACGUUAUACACCCAAAUCGAUAGCGCAAAAACCAGCCACAGCAGUCCAGAAGGCACCAAAACCAAAUCAAUCUAUAGAGACCACAAAUACAACGAAUAGCGCAACAACUGCCACACCGGCAUUAAACUUUUACCCGAUUAAGGCUCACCAGCAACAGGUUCAACAGCCAAACACACAAAUAACCACCUUUAGUAGUGGAGGUUAUGUUAUAGGAAGCAUUAAUACAGACAGCACCGAUAAGGAACAACCGAAAAAGAUUAACAACAUGCCUUUGGCGCCCACAGCUGAUAAUGUUUUGCAGCAAAAGCGCAAGAAUCUGGUCAAGGCAUUGAAUAAUAUUAAGGCCAACAAUUCGGGUCAGGUGUCAUUGCUGAAAUCUUCGCAACAAAAACAAACGCCAAACACACAGAAUAUACCAAAAAUUCCGCUAGCGGAAGUGGUUAAUCAGGCGGCCGAAGAUGAAUUACCCGAUAAAAUUAUUAUUGCUGCUCCCAAGAAAAAGUCGUCGUCGUCAGAUAAAUCUAAAAAAGAGCCCUUAAAUUUAAGUAGUAAAAUACCGGCAGUAGUUACACCAUUACCACAGAUACCAGUGCCCACCACUACAGCCACUAUAACAGCUGUUGUACAGCAACAACAACAGCAGCAAGAUCCUGCUACCACAUUCACCAACACUGCACCCAAACCCACAUUUCCCGAGGAUAUUUUAUUGGGUCGUGUCAUACGUGAUAUGGAUUUAUUGAAGCUGAUUUUGAAAGCUUUAAAAUGGCCGGUAAACAAACAAAAUAUGGAAUUACAAUUACAACGUUUAAAGAACUCCAAAUUCACCGAUAUUAUGUCGGAUAACAAUUUAUUGCAAGACACAGAUUUGACUCAACUGCUGGGACCCUAUUUGGCCCCUGUUCUAUUGGCCGCUCAAGCUUUGCAACAGCAACAACAACAAAUUUUAAAAAAUACUACAUUAAAUGAGAACAUGUCAGCUGCCUAUAUACCACCGGCAAAAGUCUCGGCCUUAGAAGCGGCUCAAGCUGAAAUUAAUAAAUCAAUACCCUAUAAACUGCCACCAGAAACAUCGGUACAAUUGGUGCCCGCCACACCCGAAGACACAGAGCCCACACAAUCCCCUCCUUUAAGCACUUUAACUAACUGCAACUCCAGCACCUCCGUUGCUUUGAAGAGAGAUGAACAAAAUGAAACAACAACUGUGGCGGUGCCUCAAAAGAGACAACGCAGAGCUGCUGCUCAAAGAGCCAGAGAUUCUAUAGUUAUAUCCGAUGAGGAAGAUACCUUCACUGAAGGGAAACCACCCAAAAAAGCUAGACAGCGGACCACCAAAUCUACAGCCAACAUACAAAUCGACUUAAAUAAUGAUUUUAUGACACAAUUCAAUUUGCUAAAUGGGUCGGGUGGUGUGGAAGCCAAUGAAGCUUUAAUGGCACUGCUGCAAAGACAAAAGACUGCCAUUAUGAAGAACAAAAAAGUACAACGACGUAGACGCAAUAGUGUUUCAAAUUUAAUAACAUUGCCGACCAGUGAAUUUGAUGCUUUAAUUGAUUUGGAUAAUGAUAUUGUCUUAAUGGAACCUGUUACCACCACCAGUUCCUACGAUACGACCUCAACAACUAACAACUUUGAAGCGUUACAGCCAAAAACCGAUGUCACUAAUACAUUUGUUAUACCCUCUGUGCCGCUUAUAACGCGUCCCAUUAUUAAACGAAGAAAAACUGUAAUACACUCCUCUCGAAGCAAAUUAGAUUUGUCUACGGAGUUGAAAAACACACCUAUUUCCUCUUCAUCAAUUUCACCCAGCAAAGAAAGGCUAUUAGAAGAAACUAUAAAUCAAGUUGCCACCGGUAUUAUGUCGAAUAGCGACAAUCCAAUACAACAAAGUCCCACAAAACCCAUCAUCAGCGAAAAUUCCCUACUUCUGCCGACAGAUCUAUCGCCAUCUAAAGCCCCACAACAAAAGAAAUUGCAAAGUAAGGCCACUUUGGGCCAACAACUUUUGGAAGCCAUAGGUUUGCAAAAAAUAUCAACCAAUGCGGCAAACAAUCCACAAACCGAAGCCGCCAGCUCUUCCAGUUUAACCAACGCCAUAACGGUGAUGCCCAACAGUAAACAGUCGAUACAGCAAAUAAGAUCAGCCCUGAAAAAGUCGCUCAAACAGGCUCAAGAACAGCAGCAGCAAAGGAAAAAGGAAUUAUCCUCUUCCAUGGCCAACAAUACAAUAAUACAAGAUGCUGACUCUACCACCAAGACGGCUGGUGUUAAGGAAAUUGUGGUGGUCGAGGGAAAAGGCAAUAAAAGUGAUAAUGGUUCCUCAAUGGUGGAUGUGGAAGAUCAAAUCGAUAAAGUCACACUAAUGGUGCGCAGCAAUGACAAGGACAAUUGUAUGCAGCCUACACAGGCUGCAACUAUUACCGAAAAACAGGAAAAGAAAGAAGUGAAAAAAUCACCAACCACCAAGAUUCAGGAACGACGUCGUACCGUGCCGGCAACAGCAGCACGAGGUGCUCGCAAUAUAGCAGCCCUUGACACUAAAGACAAAUCCAAUGAGCAGCAGGAAGAACAUAAUGAGGUUGUGGAAAUACCAGAAGUUGCCGAAGAUAAUGAAAAACCCGAAAAGGAUGACUUGGAAAAUGCCAAUAUAAGUUCACAAUCGGACCCUAAUAGUUUAACAACAAAGGAAACUAAUGCUGGCAUUAAAGAAGAGAUAUUAACACCCAAAAGAAGAGGUCGCAAACGUCUGGUGGAUAAAGUACAAGAAUUAGAGACCGCUGAAAGUAAUGACAAAGAAAAGGAUAGUAAAACAUCACCCACAAUAUCGGAAAAAUCCCGUACAUUAGAUAAAUCUAAAGAUGAGGAAACAGACAACAACAACGCAAACAAUAGUAAAACUGAGGAGGAAACUGCAAGCCAUACAACUUCUGGUCGUCCUACUAGACAAAGUAAAACACUUUCAAAAUAUUACAAGGGACCCGAUAAGCCGGCGCAAGGCAGACGUUCUUUACCUUCUAGAUCAACUAGAAAUAGAAAAUAUUCUUAGUCUUCCAAAGUCUAAGUCUUAAGUUUUGUUUGGUUAAAAUUAAGAGUUUUCUUUAUAUUAUAUUUAAAUUAUGCUAUUAAUUAAACAAAUAUGAUUUGUUGUAAAUAUUUAACUACUUUUACUUAUAUAUAUUUAAACAAACAGUAACUAUUAUAUUUAAAAAUACAUAAUAAAACUUAUCAUUUAAAUAUGUAACUAAAGUGAAAAA